AUGAGUGAUAGAGUUGAAGUUGAUAAAUCUGCAGUAGUUAACCCUAAUAAAACACGAUUACGAAGAUUACUCGAACAUUUCCGAAGAAGAAAAUUAAUUUGGAUUAUAUGUUUCAAUAUUUUGAUUGUUACAAUUAUAGUUAUUCAAAUAACUAUUAUUUUAGUGAACAAAAAUAAAAGAGAAACAACAUCAGCAACAUUAUCAACAACAACAUUAUUAACAACAACAACAUCAUCAACAACAAGCGGACACUUAAUUUCUUGUGUUGUUACUAAUAACAAUACGAAAUGGAAAAAGAAUGCAAUUACUAUUGCUGGAGAAUAUGGACAGGGAAGUGCAUUAAAUCAAUUAAAUUGGCCUUCUGGUAUUUAUAUUGAUGAUGAUAAUCAAAGUAUUUAUAUUGCUGACAGUGGGAAUCAUCGUAUUCUUAGAUGGGAAUUUGGUGCACGCAGAGGUGAAAUUGUUGCAGGUGGAAAAGGAUAUGGAAACGCAAUAGAUCAAUUGGAUUAUCCAUUGGAUGUAGUUCUUGAUAAAGCGAAGAAAUAUUUCAUCAUUUGUGAUCAGGGCAACAGACGAUUGGUACGAUCGUCUCGUCAAAAUAGUCAGGAUCAACAAAUAUUGAUCAGUUAUAUUUUUUGUUGGGGUUUAGCAAUGGAUAAUAAUGGCGAUCUUUAUAUUUCUGAUUAUGGAACAGGUAAUGUUAGACGUUGGCGAGAAGGAGAUACAGAAGGUACAGUUGUAGCUGGUGGAAAUGGACAAGGAAACGAAUUAAAUCAACUCAAUGAACCUAACUAUAUCUUCGUUGAUGAAUAUUAUUCAGUUUACGUUGCAGACGAUCGAAAUAAUCGUGUGAUGAAAUGGAAGAAACAUGCGACCGAAGGCAUUCUUGUUGCUCCCGGGCAAGUUUCUGAUAAGAAUCCCAAUUCACUAAGUCGUCCCACAGGUGUGAUUGUUGAUCGUAAAGGUAAUAUUUAUGUGUCGAUUAACGGAAGUCAUCAAAUAUGGCGUUGGUCAACAGAUGCAGUAGAAAGUGAUUCUGUCGUUGGUGAAAAUCUACCGGGAAGCGGAUCCGCAGAACUCGAAAAUCCAUACGAUUUAUCAUUUGAUCGACAGGGUAAUCUUUAUGUUGUCGAUCUAAGCAACCAUCGAAUACAAAAAUUUUUUAUUGAUCUUGACUGCAACAAGUUUUAG